AUGGGAGCUUUCCUCACUUUGUCCACCUCUGCUGCUGUCAUUCUCCUUGUAAUUCGUGGAGGAUUGUGUGUGGAUAUUGUUGGAGGAAAUGAAGUAGCACCACACUCCAGACCAUUUAUGGCCCUAAUCAGCCAAGCAAAUGGAAAACCGCUUUGUGGAGGAGCUUUGAUCAAGGAAAACUGGGUGUUAACAGCUGCCCACUGUUCUGUGGAAGGAGGCAAAGUUAUUCUUGGAGCUCAUUCGUGGAAAGCAAAUGAAAGAGAAAAACAGUUUUUUCAGAUUAAAAACCAAAUUCCCUACCCACGCUACUUUGCCCGCUCUAAGGAAAAUGACAUUAUGCUGCUGCAGCUUCAGGGAAGAGCAAAACUUAAUAAAGCUGUGCAGCUCAUUCCCCUGCCUACCUCAGGUGAUGAUCCCAAACCAGGAACAACUUGCACAGUAGCAGGAUGGGGACGAACUAACAGUGAUUUGAAACAGUUCUCUGAUACCCUGAGGGAGGUCAAUAUCACCGUCAUCAGUAGGCAAAUCUGCAAUGACAAGAAGCAUUAUAAAAACAAUCCUGUUAUAACAGACAACAUGAUAUGUGCAGGGGCUAAGAAUGGAGGAAAGGACUCAUGUAAUGGGGAUUCUGGUGGACCUUUAAGAUGCAAUAACGUGAUGAGAGGUAUCACUGCUUUUGGGAAGUCAAAGUGUGGUCGUGCUGAUGGCCCUGGUGUCUACACUCGACUCACAAAGCAAUACCUUCAGUGGAUAAGGAAAACCAUACAGGGAGCCUAA